CAGAGACUCAGUUAGAGUCGGCCGUGUCGCCCUUCCACCUUCCUUCUUUCCAAUGUCGUUUCUUAAUGUCCUUCCUUUUUCUUCAUGAUUUUUAGACAGGGUCUCUGAGUCGCACUUUACUAGACCGUGUUCUCUCUUCCAUGAGCAGAAUAGCCUGAUUCCCUUUACCUCUACAGAGCACACACAACCUUACGACGAAGGUGCCUCGACACCGCCGGAUUCUAUGCCAGGUGAUGCGAGCAACGAAAGCACCCCAGUGCGAAAUCGAUCCAGGGCCAACAAUAGGAGACGACCAUUUGUUUCAGGAGGCGCAGGCAGGCCGUCAGCUGGCCCUCCUUCUGUCUCGUCGCCUUCUCAUGGAUACUUUCCGCCAGCCUCUUCUAGCAAUGACAAUUCCACCCCUCACAAUUCAUUUCAACCCUCGGUCAUUCAGUUCCCAACAUCACCCCAUCCGUUCAGUCAGGGAGGUGGCUACUACGGUCAAUACACGGUACCGUCGCAUCCGCCUUCUCUGAAUAUCGGUCAGCCUCAUCACGCGUAUUCUUAUCCUCCCCAUCCAUUUCAAUCCCCGCAACAAGUCUCCGACUCCAACAAUCGCGUUACUUCUCCACAACUGACCUAUUCUCAGCAACCGUUGUACCACUAUCCACAGCAGCACCGGAGCAACGAUGGGCCCAAUCCCUCGGUUUCUUUUUCCAACCAGAUGUCAAGCGAAUCAGUCUUCAGCCCGACCUUCCCUUCUACCAAUCCCACCAACGAUAUGGCGGGUGUGAACGCGGCCACCCCACAGUACAUGGGUCCCCCACACCUCUCAGGCAUGGGAUAUCCGUCUUCUCUGCGCUCACCCCAAUACGGGUAUCCGCAACAGUUUUCACCGCCUGCAACAGUUUAUCGGCCAUAUAGUGCGGUGUCCUACCAGCCUCAUCUAUCUCCAUCUGUCGAGGACCUCCAUAAAGGUUCAUGGUACUUUGUUCCCCACACCCCACAGUCGCAGCAACAUCCGUACGAGCAGUACCGACAAGGGUACUCUUAUCAAUACCAGCCUCCGGCGCAGCAACGGGAAUCAUCCUCCCAUGUCUCGCGACACCCUUCUUCGGCGUCCGCUCCACCUCGAACACAUCUCUCCGAACCAAAGUUCCCUUCGGCCUCACAGCCUGGUUCACCGCCGCUUACUGCAUCUCGUUCUUCCAUUGCCGGUCGAGACUCUCCCUCGAGUAGUGGACAGCCUUCCACCACUUCUAAACCUGUGGUCCGUCGUGAAUGGCACCCUCGGCCACCAGCGCACCGCUCACCGUGGGCAAUGUGGGUAGGGAACGUGCCUUCUGACGCGACACAAGAAGAGCUUUGGAGGUUUUUCACUAAUCCUCCUGAGACUGGCAAUGCCCAUGCGACCUUGAACGCGGGCGUUGAAUCAAUUUUUCUGAUAGGCCGGUCCAACUGCGCGUUCAUCAAUUACAGUAGCGAGUCGUCGGUCAGUAGCGCAAUUCAGACGUUUAAUGGGAAACGCUUGCGGCCGAACGAUCCCCAAUGUCCGAUGCUAGUGUGCAAAAUUCGACGGUCGGCAGACGACUUGAAGUCGGGAGUUGGUGGUCAGCGAGGAAUAGGUCUCCACAAACAGUGGAUCCAAAGCCAGAGGAUGCAGAAAUGUCAGGCGAGUGGUUCGUCGGACAUUGAGGCCUCCGAGGGGAAUUCAGGCAGUGACGCAGACCACUUUCCAAACGUUCUAGGCUCUGUUUCCAUUUCGAGCGGUGAUAGAAGGAAAGGCACCCAUUCCAGCAGCUCAGACUCCCAUGCUUCGACGACGUCCAGUUUCCUGGCCGAGUACUUCCCGACGCGCUUCUUCAUCCUCAAGUCUCUAAGUGAGGAUGAUCUAGCCCUCAGUGUCAAGAACGGCCUAUGGGCGACUCAGAAACACAACGAAUUGCUCCUGGAUCAAGCUUUUCGAACAGCAAAAGACGUCUUCCUCAUUUUCAGUGUGAACAAGAGUGGAGAGUUUUAUGGCUACGCAAGAAUGAUUGGGCCUAUCCGAAGAGGAGAAGGAACAGUGACAUGGGCAUCUCGAUCGGACGGUUCAUUCCCAUCUCCGUCUGGUUCCACUACCAGUCCACGCGCCAAUCGUUUCAAAGCCAAUACGGAUACCAAACUACUCUCCGGUUCUCCCCAACCCAAGAUGUUUUUCUCUCCCGACGGUGGUCACGUUGUCGACGAAUCCCCACUCCAGCUCGAUGACCUCGACGACAGCCCACCACCUUCGUCCUCCGAAACUCCUCUCCCGCCCCGCCUACUCCAACAGCAAUCUGCGCCGCCCAAAAUAGGUGGGGGAUUUGAUGGCGACGAAGGACCUCAGAGGACGCCUUCCCUGAAGUUCAGUUUGGACCACCACCAACGCAAGAAGUUCGAUCCACCGCGCGAGGCCUUCGAAUUGGAUCCCGAGGCUCCCAUUAGAGCCGUGAGGGCAGGCAUGCACGAUCCGCCUGGCCCGCAGCAUCGAGAUGGGAAAGCGAAGUCGAGGGAGGUCGAAGAGCCGAAGUUUGACAGGCAGCAGGAUGGGGAGGCGCCUUCUACGCCCGGGUGGGGAGAGUGUUUCAAGAUUGAAUGGCUCGAACUCCGUAGGAUUCCGUUCCACCAAACGCGACACCUCCGAAAUCCCUGGAACAAAGGCCGGGAAAUUAAGAUUUCAAGAGACGGUACCGAACUAGAGCCAACUAUUGGGAAAAAAUUGUUGGACGAGUGGGGCACGCUGGCUGAAGCCUGA